AUGGCGGCCUUCCGCGACAUGGAGGAGGUGAGCCAGGGGCUGCUGAGCCUGCUGGGUGCCAACCGCGCCGAGGCGCAGCAACGGCGGCUGCUGAGGCGCCACGAGCAGGUGGUGGAGCGGCUGCUGGAGACGCAAGACGGUGCCGAACAGCGGCUGCGAGAGGUCCUCACUGCGGAGAAGGAGGUGGCCCAGAGCCUCCUCAACGCGAAGGAGCAGGCACACCAGGGCGGCGCCGAGUUGCAGCAGCUUGAAGCCGAGCUUCAGAGGGCCAGCGAGGAGGACGCCCGUCUGAAGGCCAGCCUCCUAUAUCCUUUCCUGUGUCUCAGCAGAGAGCUGGAGGAGCUCAAGGAGAUCGAGACUGAUCUUGAAAGACAAGAGAGGGAGGUUGACGAAGACACGACAGUCACCAUCCCUUCAGCCGUGUAUGUGGCUCAACUUUAUCGCCGAAUUAGUAAAAUUGAGUGGGAUUAUGAAUGUGAGCCGGGGAUGAUCAAAGGCAUCCAUCAUGGCCCCAGCGUUGCUCAGCCCAUCCACCUGGACAGCACCCAGCUCUCCAAGAAAUUCAUCAGCGACUAUCUCUGGAGCUUGGUGGACACAGAGUGGUAGCCAGGAGCCUCUGGGACUGCAUCGUACAGUCCCACACAGUGGGAAUCAGCCCGUGGUGGGUGGUCAGUGCCUCAGUGGUGAGAUCAGCUUAAAAUUAAAUGUUUAUACGUAAA